CUGUUACACCAAUGCCGCCACGACAACACUCUACAGCUUGUUGACGUGUACCAAGCCGAGGGUGACAUUUACUUGGUGACACCACUCAUGGACACAACUCUGAAUCGUGUCAUGGGAAGGCUCACUGGAGCUCACCAGCGCCACUUGCUGCGCCAGCUGCUGGGCGGGCUCGUGUAUCUGCACGCGCGAUCUGUGAUGCACCGGGAUCUGAAGCCAGACAAUUUGCUAGUCAACAGAGACGGAAUGUUGAGAAUCUGCGACUUCGGACUGGCGCGCUCCGUGGCUCACUGCGGCGCACAAUUUCCUGCAGCGAAUCCUGGGUUGACUGAUUAUGUCGUGCACAAGUGGUACAGAGCCCCAGAAGUUGUGCUGUGCCCUUCAAAUUACAGCGAAAUGAUCGACAUUUGGUCAGCUGGUUGCAUCUUUGGCGAGAUGAUUGCAGGGAAAAUCCUUUUCCAAGGACAAACUACCCUCGAUCAGUUGUACAAGAUCGCGGAGGUUGUGCUGCCAGAGAUUUUGUCGGGGCUAGGCGGGAAGCAGCAGCAGUUUUUGCGCAAGUUGCAGCAAAUCCAUCGAGGUCACAGCUUGCAGGCUUACCUUCCCCAAGCAGCACCGACAGCUGUAGCUGUCCUUUCAUCUAUGCUCAUAUUCGAUCCGCGGCAGCGGGCUUCCGCGCUUCAGGUCCUGGCAUACCCUUACUUCAGCGACCUGGACGACAAGGAGUAG